AUGGCCUCCCGCGUUAUCCCCGAUACCGACACACUCGGAAAGACGUCACCAUCAACAACCUCAACGCGCCGCGUUGCGCAACUGACAGACCAUCUUGCUCCUGUGAGCGAGACGGAGCAAGUCAAUACUCGACCGCCCUUGCCAAUCAAUUAUCCUGUUUCAAACUUGCAACUUGAUCCCCAACGCCACAUCGACGAUGUUCGGUCGUUGAAAGUUGCAGUUAUUGGAGCUGGACUAGCUGGUAUAACUGCCGGUAUCUUGCUUCCGGCCAAAGUUCCUGGUGUCCAGCUGACGAUCUUCGAGAAGAAUGAGGAUGUAAGUGGCACAUGGUUAGAGAAUACCUACCCAGGUGUACGCUGCGAUAUACCAGCCCACGUCUACCAGAGCACGUUUUCGCCUAAUACGCAAUGGUCAGAGAUCUUUGCUAAAGGUGCCGAGAUUCGCGACUACUGGCAAGCAACAGCCAAGAAGUAUGACGUUUACAAAUACGUCAAAUUACAGCACCGUGUCGAUGAUGCGGCGUGGGAUGACGUGAACUCUAAGUGGAUUUUGAAAGUGCAAGACCUCACCAACAACACUUCAAGCCAAGAGGACUUUGACUUUGUCAUCACAGCAAUUGGGCGCUUCAACGCCUGGAAACUGCCAGAUUAUCCAGGGCUGGACACCUACAAAGGGCAUCUACGGCACACAUCGAAUUGGGACCCAUCUUACGAUCCGACGGGCAAAACGGUCGCGGUUAUUGGCAACGGAGCAAGCGGUCUUCAGAUAGUACCGCAUCUGCAGCGAAUUUCUAAGCACGUCACUCACUUUGUACGGAAUCCCACUUGGAUUGCCACAUCGUGGGCUGGAGAUGAAAGGACCUUCGAUCCUCAGCCAUACACUGCUGAUCAGCGAGAGUCGUUCCAAGAUCCAGAGAUGUACCUCAAGUUCCGCAAAGAUAUCGAGGAGAAGUACUGGCGACGCUUCAAAGCCAUGGUACGAGGAUCGGAGGAGAACGAGGGAAUCCGAGAGACCUUCAUCGAGGUGAUGAAAGCGCGAGCGGCGAAGAAACCCGAGCUACUAGACGGUCUAAUUCCAGAGUUCGCGCCGCAUUGCCGAAGGUUGACUCCAGGGCCAGGCUAUCUCGAGUCACUCACUGAGGAGAAUGCUGAGCUGGUCAAGGCACCUAUCAAGGCGUUCACACCCACUGGCAUCGAGACCGUUGAUGGCAAGACAUACCACUUCGAUGCUAUCUUUUGUGCUACAGGUGCCAAUACCAAUCUGGUACCACCAUUUCCUAUCAAAGCACGAGGAAUCGACUUGAAUAAGGCGUGGAAGCCCGAUGGUGAGUUUGGGUUUCCUUACACGUACCUGGGCACUGCGACUCCAGGAUUCCCAAAUUUGUUCUUCUUGGCUGGACCGCACGCCACAGGCCCAUCUGGAACGGUACCACAAGCUGUAGAGACAGCGCUCACGUUCUUUGCAAAGAUAUUGCGGAAAGUCUCCUCCCAAGGCAUCAAGUCAAUCACACCUUCCAAGGAGGCUGCAGACGACUUUGUUGACUAUUGCGAUGCGUUCUUUCCGAGCACGGUUCUGACCGAUAACUGCUCAUCGUGGAACAACGGAGGGCUGCCCGGACAGAGGAUACAUGGCUUGUGGCCGGGCUCUGCUGCUGGUCUCACGCUUGUCAGGCGCGAUCCUCGCUGGGAGGAUUGGGAAUAUGAGCGCUAUAACAAGCAGAAUCGUUUCGCAUAUUUUGGCAACGGAUACACGAAAGGAGAAACCGAUGAGACUGCUGAUCUGACCUCAUAUCUCAAAGCACCCGGUCAAGAGUUGGAUCUGAAAGACGUCCACGAGAGCUGGUGGGAUCUGCCGGGUGCUAUCAAGAAGUCCGCCUAG